CUUCCUGGUGCAAGUGCAACAAUGGAAAAGCAAAAGCAAAAGCUAUUCUCUUCGGCCUAUCAUCUUUCUCAUUCUUCAACCUCCAUCCUCAGCCGCAAUGGUCUCCUCCUUUUUGUCUCUCUCCUCGUUUUCCUCGGUGUGUUCUUACCCUUGUUACUGUUUCCAAACACAUACUCUCCUUUUCCUUCUUCUUUGCCCUCCAAAUGGAACGACUAUUCCCUUGCUAGAGCCGCCAAAUUCGUCGCUAAGAAUGGUACUUUGAUCGUCUGCACCGUAAGCUAUCCCUUCUUCCCUUUCCUCGAUAACUGGUUGAUUAGUGUCUCGAGGCAGAAGCAUCAGGACAAGGUUCUCGUGAUCGCUGAGGAUUACGCUACUCUAUACAAAGUCAACUCCAAAUGGCCUGGUCAUGCCGUUCUCAUUCCUCCAGCUCUUGAUUCUCAAACCGCACACAACUUUGGUUCACAGGGUUUCUUCAACUUGACAUCUCGGAGACCAGAACAUCUCUUAAAACUUUUGGAGCUUGGUUACAAUGUUAUGUACAACGAUGUUGAUAUGGUCUGGUUACAAGAUCCAUUUCCGUAUCUAGAAGGAAACCACGACGUGUACUUCAUGGAUGACGAAACUGCAAUUAAGCCUUUGAGUCACUCUCAUGAUCUACCGCCUUAUGCACGAGAUGGAAGGACUAAUAUAUGUAGCUGCAUGAUAUUCUUACGUCCCACUAAUGGUGCAAAGCUUCUAAUGAAGCAAUGGAUUGAGGAAAUUCAUGCACAACCUUGGUCUAAAGAUAAUAAAGGAAAUGAUCAGCCUGGUUUUAACUGGGCACUUGGCAAAACAGCUCAUCAGGUGGAUGUCUACUUGCUUUCUCAAGCAGCUUUCCCAACAGGAGGAGUGUACUUCUGGAACAGUACAUGGGCUAAAGAGACCAAGGGGAAACAUGUCAUAAUCCACAACAAUUACAUUGUUGGUUUCAACAACAAGAUGGAACGUUUCCGACAUUUUGGUCUAUGGCUAGUCGAUGAUCAUGCCCUUGAGUCCCCAUUGGGAAAACUAGAGUAA